CGAGCGCACCACUGGGCGAGUGAGAGGACGCAUUAAACAGAGAAACAGCGAUGAGGAUGGCGACAGGGAAACAGAAGAACAGAAAUUCACAGCACUUCUGAUUUAUCAUGAAGCAGUCGUGCCGGAACGUAAUACUCAUCAGACUCGUGUCGGAGGGGAAGUCGUGGAUUUGCGGGGAUGUGCGUGAACGUUCGUGCCGAUGGGGUUUGAGGACAUGAACAUGAGGAACGGACGGGCUUUGUCCGAUCAGUGGGCCGACAGCGUGGUGGUCCGACCCAGGACUACCGAACAGCACAUCACGGUGCACAAGAGACUGGUGCUGGGCUUCGCCAUCUCCAUCCUCACCCUCAUCAUCGUCACGGUCAUCGCCAUCACGCUCAGCGUCAGCUUCGAGAGAUGCGCCGCGGAGAGCAGCGGGACUCUGGCCGGUAACGGCUCCAGUAACAAGUCCAGUCAGUCCCGGGACAGAAGCAUCAGUCAUAGAGAAUCAGAGGAUGGCCAGCAGCCCUGGAGACAUCUGCGCUUACCGGCCACCCUGCGCCCUCGCCACUACGACCUCAGACUGUCCGUGUACAUGGAUAAUUUCACGUUCUCCGGUGAAGUGAACAUUGAGUUUGAAUGCGUGAACUCCACUAAGUUCAUCGUGUUGCACACAGACAGACUGGAGGUGAAUAAAGUGCAGGUGUAUUCAGACAGUAAGAAAACAGGCGUCAUGAGGAUCCACCGACGCUUUUACCACCAACCCAACCAGGUGUAUGUGAUCGCGCUCCACAGAGAGAUGAAGCCCCUCAGAACUUAUAAAAUCAACAUCACGUUUGAAGCGCAGAUUGAAAAUGAACUCUUGGGAUUUUUCCGCAGUUCAUACAUGCUGUAUGGAGAAAGAAGGUAUCUGGCUGUGACGCAGUUCUCUCCCACUCACGCCAGAAAGGCCUUCCCGUGUUUCGACGAGCCCAUUUAUAAAGCCACGUUCAGAGUGAGUUUGAGACACGAGAGCUCGUAUCAGUCGCUGUCCAACAUGCCAGUGGAGGCGUCUACAUCUGAUGAGGACGCAUGGGUGACCAACCAUUUUUCCAGGACGCCCCGUAUGUCCACAUACUACCUGGCCUGGGCGGUGUGCAACUUCACCUACAGAGAAGCCGUAACAGAUAAUGGAGUCGUGAUUCGGCUGUACGCCAGACCUGACGCCAUCCAGAGCGGAUCGGGAGACUACGCUCUGCACAUCACCAAGAGACUCCUGCAGUUCUACCAGGAUUACUUCCAAGUCAAAUAUUCCCUCCCUAAACUAGAUCUGCUGGCAGUUCCCAAGCAUCCGUAUGCAGCCAUGGAGAACUGGGGUCUGAGUGUGUUUGUGGAGCAGAAGAUCUUGUUGGAUCCUGACGUCUCUUCCUUCUCCUAUCAGAUGGAGCUCACCAUGGUGGUGGUGCAUGAGAUCUGCCAUCAGUGGUUUGGAGAUCUAGUAACACCAGUUUGGUGGGAGGACGUUUGGCUGAAGGAGGGAUUUGCUCAUUUCUUUGAGUACAUUGGGACUGACUUCCUCUUUCCAAAGUGGAACAUGGAGAAACAGAGAUUUCUGACUGAUGUUCUACAUGAGGUGAUGUUAUUGGAUGGUUUGGCUAAUUCUCAUCCGAUCUCUCAAGAAGUGUUUGAAGCCACAGACAUCGACAGGGUGUUUGACUGGAUUGCAUAUAAAAAGGGAGCCGCUCUGAUCCGUAUGCUGGCUCAUGUCAUGGGACAGCCGCUGUUCCAGAGAGGACUCAAUGAUUACUUGAUGACGUACAUGUACGGGAACGCAGCGAGAGACGACUUGUGGAACACAUUCUCUGAGGCCAUGCAGAGGGAGGGGAUGGACAUCAACAUCACUGAGGUCAUGGACCGUUGGACCCUUCAGAUGGGUUACCCUGUCGUCACCAUCAGCAAGAAUGACAGUCUUGACAACACUGUCACCAUCUCCCAGGAGCACUUUGUGUAUGAUACAGAUGCCAAGAUCCGGAAUCCCGAGCUGUUCAACAAAAGCUUCCAGUGGCAAAUCCCCCUGACGCUCACAGUGGGAAACUCCAGUCACAUAUCAACAGAAAACACUAUUUGGGUCUCUAAUCGAACAGAGACGCACAGAGUCGGUCACAUGGAUGGAGAGACGUGGUUACUGGGUAACAUCAAUCAAACAGGAUACUUCCGAGUGAAUUAUGACCUGCACAACUGGAGACUUCUCAUUCAACAGCUCACGACCAACCCAACGAUCAUCUCCGUGGGCAACAGAGCGGGUCUGAUAGAUGAUGUCUUUAAUCUGGCAAGGGCGGGCUAUCUGCCUCAAAACAUCCCUCUGCAGAUCAUCUCGUAUUUGUCUCAGGAGAGCGAGUUUCUGCCCUGGCACGCUGCUAGUCGAGCUCUUUACCAGCUGGACAAACUCCUGGACCGCACCGAAGACCACAGCCUCUUUAGCGAUUAUGUGCUGAAACAGGUGUCACCCAAGUAUCACAAGAUGGGCUGGCCGACCACUUCCUCCGACGGCUCCUUCGCGCAGGCUGCUUAUCAGAGCCAAGAGUUACAGAGAGAGGUGAUCAUGUUGGCCUGUAGCUUUGGAAACAAGCACUGUCACCGUCAAGCCGUUUCUCUCAUUUCAGACUGGAUUUCCAGCAACAAGAACAGGAUUCCACCCAACGUGCGGGACAUCGUGUACUGCACUGGCGUGUCUCUGAUGGAUGAAGACGUGUGGGAGUUCAUCUGGAUGAAGUUUCACUCCUCCACUGCCGUCUCUGAGAAGAAGAUUCUACUGGAGGCCUUGACCUGCAGCGACAACAUCUACCUGCUCAACAGGCUCUUGAACCUUUCCCUCGCUUCCGACCUGGUGCCGGAUCAGGACGCGAUCGACGUCAUCAUACACGUGGGCCGCAAUCCGCUCGGAAGACAUUUAGCAUGGAGAUAUUUCAGAGAGAAGUGGGACAUAUUGAAUUCCAGGUACGGAGAAGCUUUGUUCAUGAACUCCAAAUUAAUCAGCGGCGUGACGGAGUUUCUCAACACAGAGGAAGAGUUAAACGAGCUGAAAGAGGUCACCCUCACGAGCGGAGGAGCGGCGGCACCCGCAUUUGCUCGCGCGGUCGAGAUCGUUCAGGCUAACGUAAAAUGGCACAGCCAGUUCGAGCAACAGUUCUACCGUUGGCUGCGGAAGGCGCCCGGCGGUUAAGGGGACAACACGGAACGGAACGACGUACUAGCUCCGUUAGAAGCACAAAGGACCACGAGAAUCUGCAAAAUCAAGCAUUAUUUCUUUGCCGUUUUUUUAAAGCGACCGGGCCACGAACGAGACAGAAGGCACGACGGAGGAGUAAGCCAGAAGAGCGGGAACUUUGCGUCGAAGCGUCACGCACGUCUGCAUACGUUGAGAGAUGGAUCAUUUUUAGAUCCAUUUUACCUUGUUUUGCAUGACUCUCGUUUCCUUUGUCAAAUCAAGAGCUCGGAUUAUCUUUCAAGGUCAGACUGCAGCACAAAGGAUUUUUUUCUCUGGUAGGCACAUUUUGACGAAGCACAAAGAUCGCCCGGUUUAAAGAAGGACAAAGCAUGUGAAAGAAUCACGUAGCCUUUUUCUCUCUAAGCCAUAAAGCGGAGACCAAACGCUGCCCGACUUUGUCACGUUACGCUUUAUUUUAUUUUCAAAGGAGUUGUCCUUGAGUAGACGGUUUCCGGUUUUACAUUAGAUUUGUCUUCAGACUCAGCGUUGACGUUUUCACGUACAAUUGAGACACGGGAGUGUCAACGUUGGGUAUUCCUUUAAACAUACAAAUAAAAAAGGACAGAUCAUUAUUGGUGAAAAUGUGUAGUGAGCCUUAACGCUAGUUUCACACAUACUCCGCGUGCAUCGUAUGUAUUGUAUUACGUACCGCUGCACUUUCACAGGCCGGAGUGCCACAAAUUGUAACAUGAGCGUGUCACUUUUUAUGAAAAGACCCCUCCCACACGUGUUGUGUAAUUUCACAUAAUACGCUGUAGAUCUAAUUUUGAGAAGUUAUUGAUUUGUAGUUAUUUUUUGCUGCUCCCGGUAAGUUUUGCCUUUUUCUUUAUUCUGGUAUUGAAGUAAUCAGAUCACAGUUAAUAGUAGUAGUAUUUAAUUGUAUACAUUUUCGUGUCAAUGCGUGUUCAUUUUGACCACAAACUAUCUGACGUGGUUUUAUUUUUACUGUGCCGCAUGCAGUAGAUUAGACUUGGAAAGUCGUGGCGCACAGAUCCUUUUAGCAUACGUACUGCUGCAAGUGGAGUAUGUGUGAAACGAGCGCAGGUCUAGAUAAAUAGUCAUUAGGGGGGAAAAAAUGACUCUCGGUGGGCCUUGACUUGAAAAUUGAAAUUCACUUGAAUCAAAAGGACUCAAAAAACCCCCGCAAGCUUUACAACGCAAAACUGCAAAGCCUCCUCGCAUAGUUUAGAGAAAUAUUCACGUUAAACCAACCAACCAACCAAUACUUAAUUUGAUUCUGUCAAAUGGUGUAUUUCUUCUGUAUAUGAUGCUUAUUUUAAUAAAAGUGCCAAACUGAUCAGCCCUGCGGUUAAACAAAAA